AUGCCACCACCCUCUGACAUUGUCAAAGUGGCCAUUGAGUGGCCAGGUGCUAAUGCCCAGCUCCUUGAAAUUGACCAGAAACGUCCUCUGGCCUCCAUCAUCAAGGAAGUUUGUGACGGGUGGUCGUUGCCAAACCCAGAGUACUACACUCUCCGGUAUGCAGAUGGUCCCCAGCUCUACAUCACUGAACAGACUCGCAGUGACAUUAAGAAUGGGACAAUCUUACAACUGGCUAUCUCCCCGUCCCGGGCUGCACGCCAGCUGAUGGAGAGGACUCAGUCGUCCAACAUGGAGACCAGGCUAGAUGCCAUGAAAGAGCUGGCCAAGCUCUCUGCUGAUGUGACUUUCGCCACCGAGUUCAUCAACAUGGACGGCAUUGUUAUGCUGACAAGACUCGUGGAAAGUGGAACCAAGCUCUUAUCCCACUACAGUGAGAUGCUGGCAUUCACCCUGACUGCCUUCUUAGAGCUCAUGGACCAUGGCAUUGUCUCCUGGGACAUGGUUUCAAUCACCUUUAUUAAGCAGAUUGCAGGGUAUGUGAGCCAGCCAAUGGUGGAUGUGUCAAUCCUUCAGAGGUCUCUGGCCAUCCUGGAGAGCAUGGUCUUGAACAGCCAGAGUCUGUACCAGAAGAUAGCAGAGGAAAUCACCGUGGGACAGCUCAUCUCACACCUGCAGGUCUCCAACCAAGAGAUUCAGACCUAUGCCAUUGCACUGAUUAAUGCACUCUUUCUGAAGGCUCCAGAGGACAAACGACAGGACAAGCACCUUAGUCCUCUAGACCUGCCUGUCACUGACAUGGCCAAUGCCUUUGCACAGAAGCACCUUCGAUCCAUAAUCCUGAAUCAUGUGAUCCGAGGGAAUCGCCCAAUCAAAACUGAGAUGGCCCAUCAGCUCUAUGUCCUCCAGGUCCUGACUUUUAACCUUCUGGAAGAAAGGAUGAUGACUAAGAUGGACCCCAAUGAUCAGGCUCAGAGAGACAUUAUAUUUGAACUGAGGAGGAUUGCAUUCGACGCAGAGUCUGACUCUAGCAAUGUCCCUGGGAGUGGGACUGAAAAACGCAAAGCCAUGUACACCAAGGACUACAAAAUGCUGGGAUUUACUAACCAUAUCAACCCGGCCUUGGACUUCACCCAGACACCUCCUGGAAUGCUAGCCUUGGACAACAUGCUGUACUUGGCUAAAGUCCACCAGGACACCUACAUCCGGAUUGUCCUGGAGAACAGCAGCCGAGAAGACAAACACGAAUGCCCCUUUGGCCGAAGUGCCAUUGAGCUCACCAAAAUGCUCUGUGAAAUCUUACAGGUUGGGGAACUGCCAAAUGAAGGGCGCAAUGACUAUCACCCGAUGUUCUUUACCCACGAUCGAGCAUUUGAAGAGCUCUUUGGAAUCUGCAUCCAGCUGCUGAACAAGACUUGGAAGGAGAUGAGGGCAACAGCAGAGGACUUUAACAAGGUUAUGCAAGUAGUUCGAGAGCAAAUCACUCGAGCUUUGCCCUCCAAACCCAACUCUUUGGACCAGUUCAAGAGCAAACUACGCAGCCUGAGCUACUCUGAGAUUCUGCGACUGCGCCAGUCAGAGAGGAUGAGUCAGGAUGAUUUCCAGUCCCCACCGAUUGUGGAGCUGAGGGAGAAGAUCCAGCCUGAGAUCCUUGAGCUAAUCAAACAGCAGCGCCUGAACCGGCUCUGUGAGGGCAGCAGCUUCCGAAAGAUCGGGAAUCGCCGGAGGCAAGAACGGUUCUGGUACUGCCGCUUGGCACUGAACCACAAGGUCCUGCACUAUGGCGACUUGGAUGACAACCCUCAAGGGGAGGUGACAUUCGAAUCCUUGCAGGAGAAAAUUCCUGUUGCAGAUAUUAAGGCCAUUGUCACUGGGAAAGAUUGUCCCCACAUGAAGGAGAAGAGUGCUUUGAAACAGAACAAGGAGGUGUUGGAAUUGGCCUUCUCCAUCCUGUAUGACCCUGAUGAGACCUUAAACUUCAUCGCUCCAAAUAAGUAUGAGUACUGCAUCUGGAUCGAUGGCCUCAGUGCCCUUCUUGGGAAGGACAUGUCCAGCGAGCUGACCAAGAGUGACCUGGACACGCUACUGAGCAUGGAGAUGAAGCUGCGGCUCCUCGACCUGGAAAACAUCCAGAUUCCCGAAGCGCCACCACCUGUGCCCAAGGAGCCCAGCAGUUAUGACUUCGUGUAUCACUAUGGCUGAGCCUGGAACCAGAGACCACAGUACCCAGGAAUGGAUUGGGGCCCAGGAGUGACAGUCUGGUGCCUUGUCGUUUGCUUGUACAGAAUCCAUAGUAAUCACGGUGGCCGUGAACACCAGCCAUUCUUCAAACCCAGCAGCAUUCCUCUUGGACCCUGUCCACUAGGAGUCAUAAAGGCAGGGUUCUCUGCCCUGUCACCAUGAAGCCUGGGAUUGGGCCACUAGAAAAGAACAGUGGGUGCCCUUGCCUUCCAGGCCCCAAACUGCAAUUUGAACUGGGUUUAAUAGCAGUCAUCUUCCUUUUCUUCCUGAGCCUGCUUUCUGCUUGGCCGGACCCCAUGUGAGCCAGAACUGGCCUUUGGCUGUCUGCAGAGGACCAGUUUGCUGGGUGUAUUGAGAGCCUUGGAGUGACGGCCUUUGGGUGGCUCAUGCCCGUGGCUCAGAUCUGAGUGCAGGUCUUGGGCCUUUGCUUUCGUCUUCUUUGUGAAGGCUCACUCUAGCCUCAUCUGGUGCCAAGAUAUUGCUGCUUCUGAGGUUUGGCUUUAACAUCUCUGGUCUCUAGAACUAUCAGCUCUUUUCUUGCUCAUGCAGGUAUCAGGGCAGAUGGAAUGUUCUCCUUACAACCUCUCCAUCUCAUGCUGGCCAGGCAGAGCCCUACAGGCUAAAUCCUGUCCUCUUAAUCUCUAGGAACGCUGCAGGGAAAGCCCAGCUGAGACCAGGGCUAGACUGUGGUGAGGUCACUAGAUUCCAGCCCCAAUCCAUGUUUAUAUCUUUUCCUUCCUAGGAGAGCAAUCUUCCACUAACCUGAAUUGCAGCUCCACCUAGGUUGUUUUCUCUUGGCCUUCCAGACUCCAGGAAGUUUGCCUUCCCUUCUUCUCCUUCCUCCUGCUGUGGUUUCUGCCACUGGCUUUGAUUUCUGGGAGCUGGCUGAGGCCAGCUGAGGCCACACUUGUGCCAUGGGGCUUCCCUGGUGCUGCAGCACUCGAACCACAUGCACAGCCUCUCUCCUUGGACAUAAGUUAACACAGUGGCAUUCAGUAUUUGUAGCCUGGCAUGGUAGGUACUACCCAAUGAAGAGUGUACUAUAUAUUUUCUUUACUAUAGGCCAUACUUAUACAGACAUGUAUAUAUAUUUAUAUAACAUCUACCUAUCCUAGGAUGGAAUGUUUGGGGGUGGGAGUAAUGCUCACAAUCGUGAGCCAACAGUGUAACCAGAAAGCAACAGAAGCUUCCUAUCAGUAACCAUGUUUUCAAUAAAUACUCUU